CACAGAGGCAGGCAGGUGUCCUCCUGUGCCAGCCCCAGCCCAGUUUCCCUCCCGACCGCUCUUUUAAACUCCUGAAAUCCUCUGAGCUGCCCAGAAGCCAUACAUAACUAUAGAUUGGUUCUGUGGCGGCGAUUGCUGUGAGCGGCAGGGAGAAUAAAGGGGGGGGCAAGAGAAACGCGAUCCAAGUGGAACUGAGCGGAGAGAAGCGGAGCGCCAACGAGAAAGCGAGCGGCCGAGCGACCGAGCGGAGCACAAGAGCGGCAACUCCGCAGAGAGGGUCCCCCCUGACAUCGGCGGCGGCGGCGGUGGCACCCCCACGCCCCUCGUCCCCUCCCCUCCCGGACAUGUGGCGGGCUCUUUUCCCGCGCUGGAUCUGCUUCUUCCUGGGACUCUUCACCGGUCUAUUCCCGCACUCGUCCCGCGUGAGAGCCAUGGCACUGCCCAGGAUCGUGUAUUCGCACGCGGGCAUCUGCCCCAACGAGAUGAACCCCAACUUGUGGGUGGACGCGAUGAGCACCUGCCUGCGCGAGUGUGAGUCGGACCAGGAGUGCGAGACCUUUGAGAAGUGCUGUCCCAACGUCUGUGGGAGCAAGAGCUGUGUGGCCGCCCGCUACAUGGAUGUGAAAGGGAAGAAGGGUCCCAUCGGCAUGCCCAAGGAAGCCACCUGUGACCGCUUCAUGUGCACUCAGCAAGGCUCCGAGUGUGACAUCUGGGAUGGCCAGCCAGUGUGCAAGUGCCGAGACAGGUGUGAGCGGGAGCCCAAUUUCACUUGCGCCUCGGAUGGCAUGACGUAUUACAACAAGUGCUACAUGGAUGCUGAGGCCUGCACCAAGGGGAUCACGCUGACGGUGGUCACCUGCAGGUAUCACCUGACCUGGCCCAACACCAGCCCUGUCCCUACAGAGACCACAGCCAAUCCCACCACAGCAUAUUUGGAGACCACAGUGAUUGACAUUGUGCCGCCCGCCCUCAUCUCUAGACCGGCGCACCAGUCCAUCUACUUAGGGGACACGGUCAGCUUCCUCUGUGAUGUGGCUGGUCGUCCCAAACCUGAACUCACGUGGGAGAAGCAAACCGAGAGUAAAGAGAACAUUAUCAUGAGACCUAAUCAUGUGAGGGGGAACGUCGUGGUCACCAACAUUGGCCAGCUGGUCAUCUACAAUGCCCAGUCUCAAGAUGCAGGCAUCUACACCUGCACGGCCAAGAAUAUAGGAGGGUUUCUUCAGGCCGACUUUCCUCUGUCAGUGGUCAGGAAGGAGCCUUUUGCAAAGAGUCAUGUGAGGAACAUGACCCAGCUGCCGGCCGAGGAGUGUCUAAAGACGCAGGACACCGAAGUGUGUGGGGAGCUGAGGACCAGCUGGUACUAUGACAGCAAGAGGAACAACUGCUACACCUUCACCUACGGCCACUGCAACCGGAACCAGAAUCAUUUUGACACAUAUGAGUCCUGCAUGGUAUCCUGCGGCGGCGACUUCACCAACCCAUGCAACCUUCCAAGCCUUCAGGGUCCCUGCAAAGCCUAUGAACCCAGGUGGGCUUACAGUAGCGCCUUGAAGCAAUGCCAGUCGUUCAUCUACGGUGGGUGCGGCGGCAAUGAGAACAACUUUGAAAGCAAAGAGGCCUGCGAGGAAAUGUGCCCCUUCCCAAAGAACCAGCACUGCAAGAUGUGCAAGCCCCGGCAGAAGAUGGUCACCAGCUUUUGCAAGAGCGACUUUGUCAUUCUGGGCCGUAUGAGUGAGCUUUCUGAAGACCACGACUCAGGUCACGCCCUGGUGACGGUAGAGGAGGUCUUGAAGGAUGACAAAAUGGGACUCAAGUACUUUGGGCAGGAGCCCCUGGAAGUCACUCUGCUCAACAUUGACUGGAACUGCCCCUGUCCCAAUAUCACCAGCACAGACGGGCAGGUGAUCAUCAUGGGGGACGUUCACAAUGGCAUGGCGGUUCUGCAGCCCGACAGUUUUGUGGGGGCUUCCAGCGUGAGGCGGGUGAAGAAGCUCCGCGAGAUCAUCCACAAGAAAACUUGUGACAUCCUCAAAGAGUUCUCCUCUCUCCACUAGUCCUGCUUGUUGGCCUGCACCUGCCGUUGUAAAGCGAGCUGUCCAGCGCCUGAUCCGGAGAGCCACCGGUGGAGGCCAUCGCCAGGAUCUUUGAACUGAACGCGUCCUGAAGUCGGGAGCCAGUUAUAAAAGCCACGGCGGGGUUGACCGUCUUUGGGUUCGGAUUUACGGGAAGGAGAGCUCAAUUUAUCAUGGCGGGCGAGUGCCUUUUCCAAAGCCAACCGGCAGUAGAUGAUGACAACCUAGAACUGAUAGGGCUUCAUUCAAGUAUAUUGGAGUUAUAGUAAGUCAUUCUCUCCCACCUUUUAAAAGCUUGCUUGUGACGGAGCACAUCCAGGAGAGAUGUGGUCUCCUUAGCCGAAGGGCACGCGUGUAUCCACAUAGGAACCUUGUAGACAGGUUAGAAAGAAGUGGGAACGCAGUUCUCAGAUCCUCACCCUUAUCGUUCCCUUUCACGGCGGCGACUUUGCUCCUCGGUUUCCUUCUAGAGUUGUGCCGGGCUCCGUUGCUCCACUCAGGGGUGGACCAGAAUUCUGGAUUUCGGCCUGUUGCAUUUUUCACUUUUCUUAUCUCCAAUUUUCUGAAACUCAAUUUCUCCAUCGGGCAAACCUGGACAAGACGGUCCAUCGCAGGGCACACCCGUUCACAUACGGUGACACCAGGCUGGGAGUCUUCACUUAACCCAAUGACACAACAAACACCACCUGAAAACGGGAAACACCACCCCCAACGCGUGUAUUAAAAUGAUGGCUAUGGGUAUGGCUGGACGUUUGGGAGGAAGUCUGAGUGAGACACACACAAGAUCGUUACUGAGGAGCAUUCCGACAAUCUGUCCUGACGUCCACUUGAUCUUAAUAACUGGUCUUUGGGAGAUAUUAGUAUCAUUUAGGGGAUCAAGUGAUGUUGGUCUGUUGGACAUGUGUAUUGUCUGUGGAUGGCAUUGACCAUCACGCUACCCAUCAGGCGGUUUUGGUCUUUGGGAGACCCUAUUCGUUGAGAGCAUAUCGGCGAUAGUAACGUAUUGACCAAUAGGUCAUGUUCUCCUCAAGAAGAUGUUGUUUGGAGGUGACGUACUGCCCACCCUGUAAUGCUGGUCUUAAUUGGAUAUUCUCAGUAUGGUAUGCUGUCCAUCCAGGCAUGUAGUCCAUCAGGUGAUUUUGGUCUUUAAGUAAAAAGGAUCCUUUGAGGGAUAAUUCCCACACAUAGUUACUGGUCUUGGAAGAUUUACUGAGCUCAUAAUAUAAUAGAGAUAUCGGCCUAUAGAAGAUGGGGUGCGUAUUUGGUGGAGAGCAUCCAGGCUGAGGUAUUGGCCAUCAAUGCUGUUGGUCUUCGGGAGAUGUGUCCGUGUCAAGAGUGCACAUUGUGAGGGGAACAGGGGGGCAGUUAGGAGGAGCACCCAUGAGGUCAUUCUGGCCCUAGUGGAGGCUGCUAUUGAUUGUAAGGUGGGAUGGUGUUCGUAAGUGGAUGUUAAUCUUUUCAACAUCAUCUCCAAGAAGAUACCUUUGGUUUUUAUUGGGAAUUUUGCUCCUGGAGGAAUAUGGUCCAUGGGGAAGCGGUGACAGUGUCUGCUAGGGGAUGUGGGCAUUUUAUUCUCAGGGAAUGGUGGUCAUCCAGUCCCCCGUGUAGGUGGUGGUGGGGUGUUGGGUGUGUAUCUAUAGACAUUGAGGAGAUGUUGCUUUUUGAGGGGUAUUGUCCACAACAUUUAGUUCUUAGUGGUUAUCGUGUCCACAUGUUGGACUAAUUGGGUGUGCUACCCUUGGAAAAUGUCGGUCUUUGGGAGAACGGUGAUGUCGUAUCGAUGAGGAGAUCCUUGAGACCAAAUAUUUUACGUAUGGAGGAUAUCGGCUCUCGAGUGAGGACAGUGUCCACAGGGGGGCUCUGCUCCUUGAGGAUUAUCGCCCAUGGACCUUUGGGAGUCCUGCCUAUAGGGGGUGCUGGAGGUCCUCUCCAGGUCCACUUCACGUUGAGCUCACUCUGCUCCGGAGUCCGUUUGGCGGCCCCUGCCUGUUGCUCAUUGUUCACGUGCGUUUGCUCUCCAUGACCUCGGCCCCUCUUAUCAAGGUCAAACAACAUGUUUUUGGAAUCGUUAAACAGAUCAGGUCAUCUUUCUUGUUAACUGUAACCAAAAUAUUUUGUACUCAGUCCCCGCUCCGCAUGUGACAACAGGGACGUAAAAGCGUCAACACAGAGCUGCUUGUAAACACCUGGGCUUAUGUAACAUCUGCCAACUCCGUCAGCGGGGCAAGCAAGUGGGCAGAAAACAGAAGCAAACGCGACCCCCCUCAGCGCCGCCCCCGUCACGUGUACAUGCGUGCGUAAGAAGGAGCAAAUCAGCAGCGAUCAGGCAAUGGGGGCAAAAGGCCAGCGGGCACCGCCCAGAUGGGGACCUGCAAUUCCUUGCCCUGUGUGCCAGAGUUAAAUGACUCGGCCUGGCAGGCAAAUCGUCUUCUGGGUGGGCUUCUCAAAUUCCAAAAAUGACUUUGACAUCCCAGUUCUGUUAUUUUAAACGUGUCCAGGGGUCUGCUCUGUUCUGCUGAAGGAACCGUUUGACAGGUCGGGGUUGCCACCCUCCUCAAUGACAUGCGUCGCCCUCCCGGUGGCUCCACUCAACCCUCUUUUAAUUGUGUCAGGCUGCAGACGUGCCUCCUGUCCAUCAGAGCUGGCAUUCUUUAUUUAUCUAUAUAGCGUCUUUCACUCUACACUCUGCCAUUUAAUGUAACGCAACAUAACCUGACCUUCUGAGACGCGCUUAUCUAAUUCAGGGGUCCUGAAAGUCCUGGCCACUUCAAUGCAGACAUUUGCCAUCCAUCCAUCCAUUGUUGGGCAUGCUGAAUCGAGUUCAGGAGCCUCUCCUGGCGUUGAGCAAAAGUCAGCCGUGGGUGGGGUGCCAGUCCAUUGGAGGACCCACAAAUACAAACACACACACACACACACACUUUCACAGAGUCCCAGUUUGGAAUGGUCCAUUAAGAUGGCAUUUCUUUCAUUGGAUCUUUAGGGCAGAAGCACUGAUUGCCGCAUUAGCCACAGUGACUGAGAUGGCAAACACAAGCUGCUCCACCUGAUAUGUGACAAAAUGACAUGCGCUGACACCACCGCCAUAUGCCUACCACCCGCAGCUCCUCCAGUCAGCCUGCGCCACCUCAGCUAGCUGGCAGUGAAUCUGUGGAUGUUUACCAUCCAGCCAUUGCUGGACAUACUAAAACCCGCUCAGGAGCCCAUCUUGGCAUUGAGUAUAAGCCAGGAACCAGCCCUAGAGGGGUUGCCAGUGCAUCAGUGGGAAAAGUCACACUUAUUCAAGGUGCAAAUGCCAGUUUCAAAAGAGGCACCCCACACAUCCUAACAUGGCAUCCCCAAAGCCAAUUCAGGGUGGCACACUCACAUAUUCUAUCACACAGUGCCAUCUCAGAGGUGCCAGUGGGCAUCAGACACCACGGUUUUGAGUUGCAGGAAGAACACCUGAGCUACUG